AUGGCGGACGGUGAGUGCUACAGCAAUGAGGGCCACGGCAAUACGAGUAGUUUCAGACUUGCGACGGCUUGGAAGGAAUUUAAAGCUCCGGCACCUGAAGAAAUCAUUCGUUUUGUCACACAUUGUGCUCAACAGCAUCCUCUCAUGACAUCGUGUGCUAGCAUUACAGCAGCUUUGAGUGUGCUUCCUUUUAUCGCUUUUGUGACUUACGUCGUUGUCACUCUCAUAGUCGUUACUCUCUUUGUUGUGGUCGUGGAAGGAGCUUUGUUGGCUUUGGGAAUGUUUGUUUUCAUUUGUUCUGUACUUCUCAGUUUUACCGUAGGCGUUGCAAUAUCGGUUGUAGCUGCUGUAACAUGGACUCUAAUUAAUUUUUUGUCGUCUUUCAUUGCAAAGACAGCUAAAUGA